AUGUACAAAACGGUGCGCCACGGUGAAAACAGUCUUCAGUAUACCAUACUUCCGCAAACUGAAGAAGUUCUGAGCAACAGUGGACUAAAGGGCAAGGGACGCGACUACAGUCCGUCGAUUCACGUCCGACGAAGAAGGAGAUCGACCCUUAAAUAUGUGCUGAUGGUGAUUUUCGGCACAGUCGUGGCUUUAGCACUGGCGUCGGUCCCACUAUACGUCAUGAACGGUGCUAUAUUCGCUCGGAGACUGCAGUUCGAACACCACGACACAACUACACCGGCCCUAACACCUGGAGGAAGAGAAAUACUGCGAUCACGUAAAAAGGAAAUGAAAAUAUCCGAAAUUAUCACUGUAAAGCCCAAGGAAGAAGUUACUACAUCUACAACCAUGUCCACAACCAGUACCACACCACCAACGUCUACCAGCGAAAGAAUUACAACUCCCUGGACGAUGCCCGCUUUGAGGUCGUGGAAAUAUUCAGGAUCAACUGUUCUACCACAACUACCAACGGAGGAUAUUGAACGGAUUCCACUUAUCGGAACACCAUCUGGCAGCGUACGCCUAUUAGAUCACUACAUGUCCAUGAGACCUUGGGAUAAAGAUAUAAUUAUUAGAGCGACAGUUACCCCAGAGCCUAUAACAAUCCGAAACGUGUUCAACUAUUACUCGCGUGUCUUUGACCCUACGCAGAAGAUAGUAACGGAUAGCCCAAAAGUGUUUGAGGACGUAUUGAUCACUACAAAAUCGACGCCAAUAACUUCGACCACUACAGAAGUAACCACCAGUGAUAUGACGAAGUUCAAUAACUUGAAAGACGCUCUGCUAUCCGCAGAUAACGAUGAAGAAGCGAAAGAAUCGUUAGAGUUUGACGAAGUAUUUUCACUGCCACCGUUGAAGCCAGAUGCUGUUGUACCGAGCUCUGAUGCCGAUGAAGUUACGGUGUCGAAGACUAAUUUCGGCUGGUACGGGAAGAAGUUUUCUUUUAUUGACACGUCGGGUUUCCAGUGGCCUGUUCAUGGCAGUGCAAGCGACACCAUUUUCUUGUUCCUCACGAUCGCUAUGUCUGUAAUUACUGUGGCGCUGUUGAUAUCGAUGGCGGUCAAAGCAAGAAAAGAACCUUCUUCGAAUCUGUCUGCGUGCGAGGAGAUCGCCGUGGAAUCGCACAAUGACGACAACACUGUGUUAUUGGAAGCUGAAAAUCCUGAAGCAGACGAGUGA